AUGAUGAUCCCAAGUGUCAUCGCGCCUCCUGCCCUCUACCCGGGGCUGUACCGGCCCGCCGCCGCGCUGCCGCUCCACCAGACGCUGCCGUCCGCCUUCCCGACCCACUCCAGCUUCCUUGUGGAGGACCUGCUCCGGAUAAGCCGCCCCGCCGCCGCCUUCAUAAACCGGACUGUUCCGUCAGCCAGCGCCUCCCUGCCCACAGCCACCACCACCGUGUCCUUCAGCGGUGCGCCCGUGGAACGCGCAUUGGCCACGACCGCGUUGACGCGCGAAUCGUGCUCACCUAAAACGUCUGUGCCGAGCAGCAAGGACCCGAGUUUUCUCAAGUUUGGAGUGAGCGCCAUCCUCGCACCCUCACCAAAGACUGCGUCCUCACCCCCCACAGUCCACAGUCUGCACUCCAAGACCUUCCCAGUCCCCUGCUUUGACGGAACCUUUCACCCCAUAUUCAGGACGCCUUAUUUACCAGCAUCUUCAUCCGUUGUUCCCAUCCCCGGGACCUUUUCGUGGCCCCUGGCCGCCAGAGGGAAACCCCGGAGAGGGAUGCUGAGGAGGGCAGUGUUCUCUGACGUGCAGCGCAAAGCUUUGGAGAAAAUGUUCCAAAAACAGAAAUACAUCAGCAAGCCCGACAGGAAGAAGCUGGCAUCUAAACUGGGCCUAAAAGACUCGCAGGUGAAAAUCUGGUUUCAGAACCGGAGGAUGAAGUGGAGGAACUCAAAGGAGCGAGAGCUGUUGUCCUCUGGUGGAUGCCGCGAGCAGACGCUGCCCACCAAAGCCAAUCCGCACCCGGACCUCAGCGACGUGGGCAAGAAAUCCUCAGCCGAGGAAGAGGAGGAGGAGGACGAGGAGUUCGGGAGAGAGAGAAUGAGAGCGGCAGGGUCCAGCAUCUCCUCUCCCUCUCUCUCCAGUAAGCACUCGGACUUCUCAGAGUCAGAUGAAGAAGAAAUAACAGUAUCUUAAUUUAUUUUAUAAAGCAAAUAUAGAGAUAUAACCCAUGAUUUGUUUUUAUGAGACUGUGACCAGAUUUGUGAGAAGCUGCCGCCCUGAAACAAGAACCCAUAAAUGUCACUGUUAAGAAAAAACAACCACAAGUUUCACUCAAGUUUGUAGCUUCAUCGGUGCAUGCGCACUGGACAUGAUUCUGCUUCUGAGACACAGUUUGCUGUUUUGCACAGCUUUGUUCAAUUGUACAGUAUUUUGUACAAUUUUGUAUGGAAAUUUUAUGCCAAGAAUAUUGAGUUACUUUUACCUUGACAUUGAAUAGAGUUGUUUAUUGAAAAAAAGUAGCUAUUUCGUUAAUAAUUUAUAUGAAUUUGUUUAAUAAGUAUGUUGUAUUAUGUGCUGUAUAUAUGUUUAUUUCACACUUUUUGUAC